UAAGUAUGUGAUUUACCUUUUGAGUACUGCAGAUACUCUGAAAGCAUGAAAGAUUAUGAAGUUGAAACCAAUGUAGAGCAUUAUUCUCUGUUGUGUUGACCACUUUGGGCAUGCUGGAAGGCUAGCAGCGGUAGAAAAUGUCAUCCUCACAUCCGGUAUUAGGGAUAUAAUCCAGUAAUGUGGUGAGUCUUGUUGAGUGCUUUUAAGGUUUGUAAAGGACGCCAUAACUGUGAAACUUGCAAGGAAAAUAAUUGAAUCUGAACCCCAAGAAUGCAAAAAAGUGGCUUUCUAGUGUCAGUGAACAGAUGCAACAGUAAAGUGUUAAGAAGGAACCUGGUCUGAGUUGUAUUUAGGUUGGCUCUCACCUUAAGAAUCAAUUAACCAAGCAAGGUUGAAAAGAUUUUGGAUAAAGAAGGAAAUUUAGGUAUGUUGCUGAGAGGCCUACUCCCAGAGCCAAAGGGAGCUCAGCGAUGAACUAUCACAGAUAAUUUACCAAUCACUUUCAGACUUACUAGAUCACCAAACCUACCUCCUGCUACGGUGAAUUCGAAAUCCUGCCCUGAUUAUCAUAUGACAAUUGAAACUCUUGUCAAAGGUGGAAAUGAGGGAAAUAAUUCCUGGAGAUCUAAUUACUGUUUUGUUGUUUCCUAUAUGGUUCAUGUAGAGAUUACUAGUAGGUGCAAGAUAUUAAGUUGUUGAAUUUCUUUCUUGAAGGAGUUUAGUUUUUAUGAUGAAUCUGGAAGAGUGAUGAUGCACUCAAUUGGAGAAGCAUUUAUAGGAAAUGAAAUAUGAAACUUGGAAGUUACCCAUUAGAAAUGUGAAAAACAGAUUAAGGGAAGCUGUUUGGAGUUGGACAGAAAACUCUGCAUAAGAGACAAGCCAACUGUAAAUACAAAGCAAGUGCAAAUCCAGGUAUGCAUCAAAACUCAAAGAUUUGGUUUUCUUAUAGGGAGAUGCCUAUUUCUUAAGAAUGUAAUUGGUAGCUCUAGACUUUUUGGUGUCUGGCUGUAAUCAUAUCUAAGAAAGUUGCCUCCACAUAUGGGUUACCUGCACAAAAUUUAUGGUUCAAAACUAAACACUUGAAUUAAUUCUUGCCUUUCAUUUGGAUUAUGCCAUCCAUAAUGCACCUAUUAAACUAGGCAUUAAACAAAAAAAUUCCAUGGAAUAGGAUAAUGGUACAAAAUACUGUUAUUGGCGUUCCUUAUAAACAAAUGCCCAAUUUACUGACUUGGUCGUGAUAUUUUCCCGUAUGUUAUUGCCGUUCCUUAUAAACUAAUGCCCAAUGUACUGACUUGGUCAUGAUAUUUUCCCGUAUGUUAUUGCCUUUGCUUUGUAUACCCCUCUUUUUACUCCAUAAUGCAUAAUUUUGCACAUAAUACACCUGAAACUUUGUGCAUGGCUGUGCUUGUUUGAUUGAGCAUGUGUUUGCGUGAGGACAUGCUUUUCACAGCAUACAUGCGAUCCAAUCUGUUUGACGAAGGAAUGGAUAAGUUUUAUGACUUUGAGCAUUCUAACAUAAUUGUUAAAUAAUGGAUCUUAUAUAAAGUUGAUCUGUUUCUACAUAUAGCAUUUCAGAGUCCUCUAUUUAAUUUAUUGCUCUGCCAUUCUGCUGAAUAGAAAGUUCUUUCCAUAACAAAUUGUUUCCAGAAACUCAUUACUUUUCAUUCUUGCUUUCAUUAUAAUGUUUUCACCUUAUGCCUUAUUAUUUUGUUAUGGUGAUAAACAGCGGUGGGUUGAAGAUGACCACUGAAUGAUAGGACAUCAGAUUACCAUAAAAAAUGAAAGGGUUGAUUUGUGGUCACUAUAACAUAUGAUUAACCUUUACUUAUUGGCUUUGAUGUAAUUUCUGGAGAAUUUCCAGGAAAUUUGCCGAUGAACUAUGGUGGUUCUCACUGGCGUGUGAUCAGCAUCCUCAGAUGGUAAUCAUCUAUCUUUUCUAUGAGUUGAUAGUGAACAAUUACAAGUUACGUAGCUGGUUAAUGACUGUUAAAGGUUGAAUUCUUCUUUUAAACUUUAUUUAUGUCUCUGGAGGUGACUUCUCUCUCUGAAAUCAAUGAUCUGUUCCAUGUUGAUUAGGAAAUACAUGUUGCUUAUUUGCUUUUUAGUAUCUAUUAACGUCUCACAAUGAAUGCAUCCUUCCUUAUACAACUUUUUGAAGAAAUUAAUAAUAGAUGAAUUCAUUUCUCUUUCACUUUUAGCCUUUUUCAAGUUCACCCUUCUCUGUUUUGUACUUAGUUAUGUGACAUCAUGAUAGCAUAUGCUCUCCUACAUUCCCAUUUUCAGGUAAUAAAAAGAAUCUGUCCUCGUCUAAAGUACAAAUUUAAGCACGCAUUAGUACAUUACAUACAUGGUGGGAAAUCUUUCCUUAGCUGUCCCUUUUAAAUUGCUUGCCAUAUACCCAUCCAUGAAAAAUGCUACAAUUCGAAAUACUCCUAAGGCUUUCUGUUAAAUUAGUAAGGUAUCCUUUAAAUUUGUCAUAUUUGAAAGGUUUCUCAAUUUAUCAGUUUUAUUGUGGCCCUACUUUAGAAUAUGCUCGUGAAAAAAAUAUGAGCUGUUCAGUUACAACGUUACCACAUUAUGAUAUUUAACCAUAUAUGCUCGAGGCCAUCCAUCUAUAUAAGUAAUUUUUCCAGAGGGGCGUAGACACGCGGCAUUAAUUCCUUCUCUGUAUUCCUAACCAUGGGCAGAAAGGCAACUGUGUAUGAGUUGAUUUCUAACGAAUAUGCCAGGAAAGCGACUCUAAAGAAGCGAAAGGCCGGGCUGCUGAAGAAGCUGAGUGAACUGACAACCCUUUGCGGUGUUGCUGCUUGUGCUAUAAUCUUCAGUUCUUACGAUGCGCAACCGGAUGUUUGGCCAUCCAAAGCCGAAGCAUGUCAAGUUCUCAAAAAGUUCAAGAGUUCACCGGCACAGCAACGAGGUAAGAAUAUGAUGGACCAAACCGUUCUUCUUAAAAGAAGCAUAUUGCAGUUGAAUGGUAGGUUAGAGAAACGAAAAAGGAAAAACCGAGAGCUGGAGAAGGAACUUGCUUUGGCCGAAACCAUGGCAGGUGGAAAUAACUGUGAUUGGAAUAAUUUAGAGCAGUUGAAAGAAUUGGAUUAUCAAUUGCAGGAAAAUAUUAAGCUUAUCACCAAUAAGAUUAAGGGUUAAGGAGUUUAAAAGCCUAAUCAAGUUGGUUGAGAAAUGGAAAUAAAAGUAGAGCAUGCUUAGUAUACAAGUUUAUCCAGUUAGAUUUUAUAUGAAUAGUACUUUUGCUUGUUGAAGAAUUAUCUGUUUUGCUCUACAUGAAUAAACUCUGGCUUUGUUUCAUUUUCAUUUUGUAUUUGCUCAA